AUGGAUGUAGGAAGGUUUGGGAAGAAGAAGAGUGCAGAAACCGCACCUAGCAAGAUGAUUCUUGUGCCAGAAACAAGUGUUGAUACAAAACUGAAAUUCACUCUUGAACCAUCUUUAGGUCAAAAUGGUUUUCAGCAGUGGCAUGAUGCACUCAAAGCAGUGGCCAGAUUGCCGACAGGCAUACCGAAAGAAUGGCGGAGAAAGGUUUGGCUGACCCUAGCUGAUCAGUACUUGCACAGUAUAGCCAUUGACUGGGAUAAAACCAUGCGUUUCACAUUCAAUGAAAGAAGCAAUCCUGAUGAUGACUCUAUGGGCAUCCAGAUAGUAAAGGACCUUCACCGGACUGGUUGCAGUUCUUACUGUGGCCAGGAGGCAGAGCAAGAUCGAGUGGUAUUAAAACGUGUUUUGCUGGCUUAUGCCAGGUGGAAUAAAUCUGUUGGCUAUUGUCAAGGUUUUAACAUACUAGCUGCACUUAUUCUGGAAGUCAUGGAGGGCAAUGAAGGGGAUGCCCUGAAAAUCAUGAUUUACCUAAUUGAUAAGGUGCUUCCUGAUAGCUAUUUUGUCAAUAAUCUCCGUGCUCUCUCUGUGGAUAUGGCUGUUUUUCGAGAUCUUUUACGAAUGAAGCUUCCUGAACUGUCCCAGCACUUAGACACCCUGCAAAGAGCUGCUAACAGAGAAAGUGGAGGAGGCUAUGAACCCCCACUUACAAACGUCUUCACGAUGCAAUGGUUUCUCACCCUCUUUGCCACUUGCCUGCCUAACCAUACAGUUCUGAAGAUCUGGGAUUCUGUAUUCUUUGAAGGCUCUGAAAUUAUACUGAGAGUAGCUUUGGCUAUCUGGGCAAAGUUAGGAGAGCAAAUAGAGUGUUGUGAAACUGCAGAUGAGUUUUACAGUACCAUGGGCAAGCUGACCCAGGAGAUGCUGGAAGACAGUCUGAUUGACAGCAAUGAACUCAUGCAGACUGUUUAUACUAUGGCUCAGUUUCCCUUCCCACAACUGGCAGAAUUAAGGGAGAAAUACACAUACAACAUUACUCCUUUCCCUGCAGCAGUAAAAUCAACUUCACUUUCAGGGCGGCUAGGCAGAACCAGAGACAGUGAUGAAGAGAAUGACCUAGAUGACGAAGACUCAAUUGCCAACGCAAUUGGCUGUCUCGGACCAUUAAGUGGGUUUUUGGCACCAGAGCUCCAAAAAUACCAAAAACAGAUGAAAGAUCAGAAUGAAGAACAAAGUCUGGGUUCCAGUAACAUUGCAGAAUUAAGUCCAGGAGCAAUAGACUCUUGCCGAAGCGAGUAUCAUGCUGCUUUUAACAGCAUGAUGAUGGAGCGUAUGACCACCGAUAUUAAUGCACUGAAAAAGCAAUAUUCCAGGAUAAAGAAGAAGCAGCAACAGCAGGUUCACCAUGUGUAUAUCAGAGCAGAUAAAGGGCCAGUUACCAGCCUCCUCCCUUCUCAGGUAAACCAUCCCCCUGUGAUAAACCAUCUCCUUUUAGGAAAGAAGAUGAAAUUGAAUAAUAGGUCUCUCAAAAAUGCUGUUAUUCACAUCCCAAGUCAUGCUACAGGGAAGAUGUCUCCCAUUCCCCAAGAAGAUCUUAAAACAAAACUGAACUCUCCAUGGCGCACUCACAUAAGAGUUCAUCGAAAGAAUAUUGCUAGGGCCAAAGGCCAGCUGGGCUACGGGGACACCAUAGGACUAAUAGAUGAGCAGAGCGAGAGCUGUAAAACAAAUAGCCUUGGUGCAAAGGAAGAGACUUCCAACUGUUCUGACUUUGGAGAAAGAGAAGGAGGUGGUUUGGAUGACAGGACUACUCGAAAAGCUGACCAGCAGUCAUCUGAGCCAGUCUCUAUGGGCAGUAGUACAAACAUGUCAGUGGUUCAGCUAAAACUGGAAGCGCUGGAACUCACCUCAGAUAGCAAAACCGAUGCUAAGUCAACAUCCCAUCAGUCCAGCCAGCCAUGUUUAUCGGAGUCCUCCAGUCCAUCCAGCGACAGUGGAAACCUGGCUAAAUCUCCCCAACCUGGGAACCCAAAGCCACAAGCCUUCAAUCCUUUUCCCAGUGUCAAGCCUCUUCGAAAAUCAGCUACAGCCAGGAAUUUAGGGCUGUAUGGCCCCACUGAAAGAACGCCAACAGUACACUUCCCACAAAUGAGCAGAAGUUUCAAUAAGUCUGCCAGUGGCAACAGUGGGACCAGGAAGCGAUGAUAUAGUACCUGGCACUUUCUAUUUCUGACAGCAACAAAAAAUUUGUAUUGCCUUUUUUUUUAAUGUGUGCGUGUGUAUGUAUGUCCCAAAGCAUUUCUAAUCUUUAAUUAAGUAA